CCAACACUCAGGACCAUCGGAUAAAGAAGAUCAAAAUUAACAAAUCAAAAACAAAUUAUUUGAUUUUGACAUUCGACUGUAUUUUAUUGAAAAUUCACACGAAGCCACACAAUUCGGAAUCCUACAAAAACAUCUGUUAUUUAAUAAUAACAUUGGAAAAAAAAUUUACCAGACUGAAAUUACCCAAAUUGUCAGAGGAUAAUAACGGAGUUGAUGGGUUCCGUGAAAAUGGAUAGGAACAACAACGGACCUUCAAAUAUUAAAAACGAUUAGCCUCCAGAAGGUCACAGGUGAAGCGGCCAUUCCGGUAAAAUUUUAACUCCUCCCUUCGUCACGUAAGUUGGUAGUUCUCUCUACAAUCUCAGUCGUCUUCUGCCUACACUCAACAUGAAGUUCUUCAAGAAUGGGCGUGUGAUGGCGCUGCUGGUAGUUCUUAUCAGUUUGAUGGCCGCCGGAGCUGAAGAAGUGACCACCGAAGAGGGAUCUACGACUACGGAAGGAUCCGUGAAAUCGGAAGGAUCGACGACGACGGAAGAUCCAGUCAACCGAGACAAGCGCUUCAUUUUCUUCAGUAAGAAGGCGGGCGGCCUCGGCCUUGGAGCCAAUAAACCCGGAGAUCCCGGAAAUCCGAUUCCGGUGGUAGGAAUUGUCAGGCGACCGGUCGCAGUUCCUAUUCCGGUUCCCAUGGACUACCCCGCUCCAUCGUAUGCUCCUCCUGCGUACUCGCCUCCAAGCUACGCUCCUCCAGCUUACAGCCCACCUUCAUAUGAAGCUCCUCCUAGUCCCCCUGCUUACAGUCCCCCUGCUUACAUGCAACCUAUGCCACCCAUGCCACCUGCAUACAGUCCUCCUGCGUACAGUCCUCCUGCUUACAUGCCACCUAUGGCACCCAUGGCACCUGCAUACAGUCCACCCGCUUAUAUGACACCUAUGGCACCCAUGCCACCUGCAUAUAGCCCACCAGCUUAUUCACCACCGUCUCCCCCGGCAUAUUCUCCUCCAGCUCCUCCUAGUUAUCCAGCUCCUCCACCAUCAUAUCCUUAAGAAAAUAUGUGUCGCUUUUCUCCAGCGAAUUCGCAUUCGCAAUCUUUUAAGCUGGCUUAAAAGGUAAAAUGCAAAAUGUCUGUAGUUUUUGGUCAUAACCGAAAUUUGUGGUUUCGUGUGAAUUUCCGGUAAUACAGUCAUCUAUCAAAAUUUAAUAAAAUUUCUGCCUUUU